CUUCUCCAGUCAACACCACCAACUUGAUCUCCCCCUUCAUCCAUUGUUUCACACACAUUAUCUCUAUUUAUUAUCUUCACCAAUAUUGUUGUGAAUAAUAUUGGCGCUUCCAUUAAUAUACAUAUAUGUUCACAAACUUCCCUUUUAGAUUGCAUUUAAUUACUUCAAAAAGCCUCUUUUUGGCGCCUGAUUUACACACACACAUACACACACAGUCAUUAUGAUUAACACGGAUAUCACCCAUCACACCAAUCAUCACACAAUCAUGCUUGUAUAAUGUUCAUCAGUUGAUGUUCAUCACAACAAUCAUGGAGAAUUUGCUCAAGGUAUUGUUCCACUUCUGUUUCUUCUCGUUGCUGGUUAACUCGGUAGUGACUCAGUCGGACUCGGUGCCACUGAGUUCGAGGGUAGAACGAGUCGCGUUGUUAAAUCUUCGAGCUUCUUUAGGAAUCAGAGCCAUUUACUGGCCGAGAAAAGCUGACCCCUGUGCCAAUUGGACCGGGGUUAACUGCUUUAACGGCCGGGUUACCGGAAUAAAUUUGUCCGGUUUGAAACGCACAAGAUUUGCGAAACGUAACCCUAGCUUUGCUAUUGAUUCUUUGGUCAAUUGUACUCGAUUAGUUUCGUUUAAUUCAUCUGGGUUUGAUCUUCCAGGGUCUAUACCUGACUGGUUGGGGCGGAAUUUAAGUGCACUCCAGGUGCUCGACCUAAGGUCUAGCUCAGUUUUUGGUCCAAUUCCUCAGUCAAUUGGGUCUUUAAACCAGCUUAAUGUGUUACUUCUUUCAGAUAAUUCGUUUACUGGGAUUGUCCCAGAUUCUUUGAGUCAGCUUUCGUUGUUAUCGAAUUUGAAUUUGUCGGUUAAUAUGUUAACAGGGUCCAUACCCUCUACGGUUUUCGGGCUCAGGAAUCUUGAGGUUCUUGAUUUGUCUUCAAAUUUCUUAUCUGGUCCGAUUCCGGUUGAGGUUGGUUUGAUUUCGGGUUUGAAAAUUUUGAAUCUUUCUAAUAAUAGCCUUGCUGAUUCUGUACCUUCAGAAAUUGGUAAUCUUUCUAAGUUGGUUGAGCUUGAUCUUAGCUUUAAUGAUUUGGGUGGUGAUUCGUUUGGAAACGUGACGAUAAACAUGCCGGAUAUCGUCUUUCUUGAUGUGUCUAACAACAACUUAACUAGCGAACUUCCGGAUUUCAUAGCAUUUCCGAAUGCUUCUCGUGUCAGCUUAAACUUUUCAAAUAAUCAGUUCUAUGGAAACGUGAGUUCCAGUCUUCGAAAUGUUGGUUUCGUUGAUCUCUCGAACAAUUAUCUUCAGGGUUUAGUGGUUAGUACCGGAAAUGAAACUAUCUUCUUAUCAAGAAACUGCUUUCGUGGACGCUCGGACCAAAAGAGUUUGAACGACUGUGAAACAUUUUAUGAUCGGGUCGAUCUUCCUUUUGAUAGAGAUUCCAUGGCUCCAGUGCAACCUCCAAUGCCGAAAAAGAGUAGCAAACGCUUGAAAUAUGUGUUGGCGGGAGUUUUUGGUGGGCUUGGCGUCGUCGUAAUUAUAGUUAUAAUAAUGGUUAUAAUGUUUAAAACAUGUAAUAAGAGAUGUCUAAGCCAAAGAAGUGCAAAUGUAGAACCGGUACAAGAAGAAGGAAACACGAUCGAUCAAAAUAUUCCAAUUGAUAUAAUAAGCUUCACAAAUUCAUUUACAUACGAGCAAAUGCUGCAAGCUACAAGCGGUUUUAGGGACACAAACCUUAUUAAGCAUGGCCACAGUGGAGACAUCUUUUCAGGGAGAUUAGAAGACGGAGUUGACGUAGUUAUCAAGAGAAUCGAUAUGCGAUCCUCGAGAAAAGAUUGUUACAUGUCAGAAUUGCAGUUAUACAGUAAGGGUACGCACACCAGAUUGGUACCUCUGUUAGGACAUUGUUUAGAACACGAAACUGAAAAACUCAUGGUGUACAAGUACAUGCCAAAUGGAGAUCUAUCAAAUUCUUUGUACAGAUCUACCAGUUUGGAAGACGAUGGUUUGCAGUCGUUGGAUUGGAUCACGAGAUUAAAAAUUGCUACCGGAGCUGCUGAAGGGUUAGCGUACUUGCAUCAUGACUGCGAUCCUCCCCUUGUUCAUAGAGAUAUUCAAGCAAGCAGCAUCCUACUUGACGAUAAAUAUGAUGUAUGUCUUGGAAGCUUGAGUGAAGUUUGUGCUCAAGAAGUGGAUAAUAGUCAGAAUGUUAUCACGAAACUGCUGCGAAUUUCAUCGAGCUCUGAAUCAACACCUUCUGGACCACCACCUCCUAAUUGUGCGUAUGACGUAUACUGUUUCGGGAAAGUUUUACUUGAGCUGGUAACGGGUAAACUCGGAAUCAGCAAUCCAGAAGAUACAUCCACAAAAGAAUGGCUUGACCAGACUUUGACUUUCAUCAACAACUACGACAAAGAUUUGAUAUCCAAAUUCGUUGAUCAAUCGCUAGUUAUAGACGAAGACUUACUGGACGAGGUAUGGGCAGUAGCCAUAGUGGCCAAGUCUUGCCUAAAUCCAAAGCCGGCAAAACGCCCUCAUAUGGCUCAUAUUUUGAAAGCGUUGGAAAACCCUUUUCGGGUUGUAAGGGAAGAAGACUUCAGUGCUGAAAUAUUACGAAACGGUUCAUCAAGAACGUCGUGGAGUGCGGCUUUGUUUGGUAACUGGAGGCAGAGCUUUUCGGGGAGCACGAAUAGUCAAGGUCAAAGUCAAACAAACAAAGAGGGUAACAGUGGUACAAAGCUUUCCAGGAGAGACAACUCUCAGGGAAGCAGUGCAGAUGAUAAGACUAUCCAGUGAGAUUUUCCUGGAACGUAACGUUGUGGAGAGACGAGAUGAAACUAGAUGAUGAAAAGCCGUUAAAAACUUAAAAUGGUCUUGAAAUUUUGACAAACGUCGUCUUGUUUGUCAUGUUUGAGGGGAUUGGAUCCGCGAUGUGAGGUAAGAGUAUAUAAAAAACUGGUUUGGUGCCAAUUCUUUAUAUGGUUCUGAGAUUUUGUGCUUGCAAAAGCAUGUAUUGUUGUGCUUGAUCAGAUCCAUUUGAAGUUAAGUGUAAAUUGCAAAGAGUGUAGCUUUGUGACA